CGUCAGAUUUAAACGACGCUGGUGGUUCUAUAUGUAAGUAAGAACAUAUACGUAUGUCUCGUCGAUAAGAACCGAUGAACGGAACGAACUUAUAAAGUAAACUGAUAAAGGCAACUAUCGUUCAGUCUCGAUCCGUGCGUUCUCGGUCAUUGAUGUUUGAACAAUCAUGCGUUUUUCUAUACCAUUUCAUCUAUCUUUAACUAUUCUACAAGUUUUUUGAUCAAUAUAUCAAUCGAUAGAAUAUAAAAUCGAUUAUUACUAUUAAACGAGUUAACAAAUUGAAUAAAAUAAGAGAAUAAGUCUACGAGAAAAAUAAUAACGAACGAAAUAUCAAGGAAAAUAUUUAGGAGUGAAAGUUAUUUCAGAGAAGCGAGAGCAAAGACCGCCAUCUCUCAGACGACAAUUGAAAAUAAAAAAAACCUUUUAUAAUGGAAAAUUAUACUUCGGAUUCGAGUGAUUCAGAUGGUAACGCAAGAACCUUGGAUUUGUCAUAUUUGAUGCUUGACAGUGACGUAUUGGAUGAACAUUUUGUCAUGAUGAAAAGUCCCGAACACGUGGAUACUAUUUUGGUUCAUCAAAAUCGUAUUAACAUUGUUCCACCCAGCAUUAUUCGAUUUACCAAUUUGAAUACAUUGGACAUAUCGAAUUGUGGUUUAAAUCGAAUUCCGGAUUUCCUUGGUGAUUGUCCAUUGACCUGUUUAAUCGCUAGGAAUAAUAAUUUAUCUAACGAUUCUUUGCCAAAAAGCUUCGACACUUUACCCGAUCUGCGUGAACUCAAUUUAAGUGGAAACAGACUAAGAGAAUUUCCCGAACAAAUUCUUGAUCUUCACGAACUGAAGUAUCUUUAUCUCGGUGGUAAUCAUAUAACAGAAAUCAACAAGGAUAUAUGGAAAUUACAACGAUUGCAAGUACUUUCAAUAGGAGGUAACCAAUUGACCGAAGUUCCCUCAACAUUAGGUCAAUUAAAAUCAUUACAAGCGUUGGUAUUGUGCGAUAAUAUGAUAGAAAGCUUGCCGAGUUCAAUAGCAAAUCUAACGAAUCUUAAAUCACUUUUACUACACAAGAACAGAUUAAAAACAUUGCCUACGGAAAUUAUCACGCUGAGAUGUUUGACUGAGCUUUCUCUGAGAGACAAUCCUCUUGUGGUCAGAUUCGUAUCAGACAUGACGCACAAUCCCCCCUCUUUAUUGGAAUUGGCGGCACGAGUUAUUAAAAUGAACGAUAUGCAAUACGACGAAGAACACAUUCCUAAAAUUCUAGUGGAAUACUUGAACAGUGGACACCGUUGUGUGAACCCUAAGUGUAAAGGUCAGCGAUUGAUUUUUUCUCGAUUUUUCCAACAUUACAAAGAUCGUAUGAUUUUUUCGUCAUACAGUAUAAUUAUAAUAUAUACAGGGUGUCAUCUUAUCUUAUUAGAAUACUUACUAUUUUUACAUUUUAUAUUCUCUCAUUUUCUUUCUUUUGAGUACACCCAGUACACACGGGGGCAUGUGCACUUUCUUUUAAACAGUAAUAUCAAAUAUUACAUUUUUUUUUGUACAGGUGUAUUUUUCAAUAAUCGCGUUGAACAUGUCAAGUUCGUAGACUUUUGUGGAAAAUAUCGUUUACCUUUACUCCAAUACCUCUGUAGCAGUAAUUGCAUUGAACCUCGUAACGGUGAAGAAGAAGUUGUUUGUGGAGCGAUGAUAAGGAAAGUAUUGCUUGGCUGAUGAUUAUUAGAUAAAUAUAAAUAUAAUAAAUUGAACGAAUUUUCAAUGAAUGAACGAAUAAUGGAUGUGAAGAAUAAGUUUUUUACCAAUAAAAAAUUUCAAGAGCAAAAAUAAAGAGUCACAUUUAUUUAUAAAAUAUCCAAAAGUAUUAAUAAUUAUUAGGAAUAGGAGAAGUAAAAUAUGAACGAUAAAAAGGGCUUAAAAAACUUGUAAUGUAAAAAACCUGUAUAAGAUA